AUGGCGAAAGUCAAGAAGCAAAACCUGAAGAAGAAGGCGAAGGGGAAGGCAGGAGCCACUCCUGCCAAAGGAGCUGCCUCUGGCGCCUCUGCAGGGGGUUUGGUCACCAACAAAAAGUUUGGUCAGCACUUGCUGAGAAACCCUGGCAUCGUUGACAAGAUCCUGAAUGCUGCAGAGCUGAAACCCAGUGACGUGGCCUUCGAGAUCGGACCAGGAACAGGCAACUUGACGGUCAAAUUGAUCGAAAGCUGCAAGCGAGUGAUCGCAUGUGAGAUCGACCCUCGGAUGGCCGCAGAGGUGCGAAAACGCUGCUCCGGCACUGGCCGCACCAACUUGGAGGUGAGGGAGUGCGAUGUGCUCAAAGAAAAAUGGCCCAUCUUUGACGUUUGUGUCGCAAACCUGCCGUAUCAGAUCUCCUCCCCAUUCACCUUCAAGCUGCUGGCACAUCGCCCGGCCUUUCGUUGUGCUGUUCUGAUGUUCCAGAAGGAGUUUGCUGAGCGGCUCAUAGCAAAGGUGGGCGAAUCGCAGUACGGGCGCCUCGCUGUCAACACCAGCCUUUUCGUCAAAGUAAGCUGCGUCUGCAAAGUUGGACGUAUGAACUUCACACCGCCACCUGAAGUGGAUUCAAUGGUCGUCAAGAUCGUUCCUCGUUAUCCUCCUAUCGAGGUGGACUUUCGAGAAUGGGAUGGUUUGAUGCGGAUCUGCUUUGGGAGAAAGCGAAAGACCCUGAGAUCUUCCUUCUGCAUGACCUACACGCUGAAAACCCUAGAGGACAACUACACUACGUGGUGCGCUCUGACUGGCAAUAGACCGGAAAAGAAAAGCAUGAAGGAGAAGGUCCUAGAGGUCUUGGGAUCGCUGAAACUUGCAGAGCAACGUGCUAUCAAGAGUUUUGCCUUAAAUUGA